AGGAAGAAGAAGAAGAGGAUUCUCCGCGGUCCUCGUUGAACACCUUUCGGGCUCGGAAGGGUGACGAUGAGGAGGAUGAGGAUGAUGGAGGAAGGCUGGCUGCUGAUGUUGCUCCUGGCGCUGCUCGCCAUUGCGGGAGGCAGCCUCGGGGCUGAUACGGAAGAGCGAUUGGUGGAACAUCUUUUAAACCCCGCCCACUACAACAAACUGAUCCGUCCUGCCACCAACGGAUCGGAGCUGGUGACUGUGCAGCUCAUGGUGUCGCUGGCCCAACUCAUCAGUGUGCAUGAACGAGAGCAGGUGAUGACCACAAACGUCUGGCUGACACAGGAGUGGCAGGACUAUCGGCUGACUUGGGUCCCCGAGGAGUUUGACGGCAUGAUGAAGGUCAGGCUGCCCUCCAAACACAUCUGGCUGCCUGACGUGGUGCUCUACAACAACGCCGACGGUGUGUACGAGGUGUCGUUCUACUCCAACGCGGUGGUUUCUUACGACGGCAGCAUCUUCUGGCUACCGCCGGCCAUCUACAAGUCGGCCUGCAAGAUCGAGGUCAAGCAUUUCCCCUUCGACCAGCAGAACUGCACGCUGCGUUUCCGCUCGUGGACCUACGACCGCACCGAGAUCGAUUUGGUGCUGCGCGCCGACGUGGCCAGCAUGGACGACUUCACGCCCAGCGGCGAGUGGGACAUCAUCGCCCUGCCGGGUCGGCGGAACGAGAACCCCGCCGACCCGGCCUACGUGGACAUCACGUACGACUUCAUCAUCCGUCGCAAGCCCCUUUUUUACACCAUCAACCUCAUCAUCCCGUGCGUGCUCAUCACCUCGCUGGCCAUCCUGGUCUUCUACCUGCCGUCCGACUGCGGCGAGAAGAUGACGCUGUGCAUCUCCGUGCUCCUGGCGCUCACCGUCUUCCUGCUGCUGAUCUCCAAGAUCGUGCCGCCCACGUCCCUGGACGUUCCCCUGGUGGGCAAGUACCUGAUGUUCACCAUGGUCCUGGUCACCUUCUCCAUCGUCACCAGCGUGUGCGUGCUCAACGUGCACCACCGCUCGCCCACCACGCACACCAUGCCCCCGUGGGUCAAGGUGGUCUUCCUCAACAAGCUCCCCGCCUUGCUCUUCAUGCGCCAGCCCAGGAAUAGCUGCGAGAGGCAACGGCUGCGCCAAAGACGGAGAGCCCAGGAGCAAAAGGAGGGCGGGCGCAGCGGCGAGGCGGGGGCCCUGAUGGUGGGGCUGGGCUUGGGCGGCGCGGGGACUUCCACGGCGGGCGUGUUCGCCAAGGAGGACGGCGACCCGUGCACCUGCUAUGUGAACAGAGCGUCCGUCAAACAGUUUGGAGGAGAUCUGGCGAGCACGGGAGGCGGUUCCAUGGACGGUCUGAACAGGGUGAGAGAGACCCGGGAGGGGAGCUCCGGCAACCGCGGGAAGCAAGCCACGGGAGGUCAGGCUCUGACUCAAGCCAUCCUGGCUCAAGCCUGUCCGGGUUUUGACGAGGCUGUGGAAGGAGUGCGCUUCAUCGCCAACCACAUGAAGAGCGAGGAUGACGACCAGAGUGUGAGCGAGGACUGGAAGUAUGUCGCCAUGGUGAUCGACCGCCUCUUCCUGUGGAUCUUCAUUUUCGUGUGCGUGUUCGGCACCAUGGGUAUGUUCAUGCAGCCCCUCUUCCAGAACUACACAGCCAAGACCAUCCACAUGCCGGGCUGAUCGU